AGCGCAACCCAACAUUUACUUUAAUGAUCAGAGUGGCAGACAUGGGGGGCCGCGGACAUGCAAUUACCUGCAAGGUGGUAAUCACCGUAGGCAAGGCUGAGCCUCCGGAAAUGGCGGGGAGCGUGCCGAGCCUGCUGAGCACACAUGUCCUAAAUACGGUGGAAGGGAUCCCGGCUAAAGGCCUGACACUGACCUUGUCCAAGUUUAAUGCCAGAGAAGCAAAAUGGGAACAUGUGAGCAGGAGCAUCACCGAUGAGGAUGGCCGCAGCCCGGGGCUUUUACGUGGAGAACCUCUUACAGCCGGGACCUUCCAGCUGCGUUUUGAUACUGGUGACUACUGGAAGCAGCAAAAACAUGAGACCUUCUACCCUUACGUAGAGGUUGUUUUCACCAUUAUUGACCCAAAACAGAAAUAUCACGUGCCUCUCCUGAUUACUCCAUUUUCCUAUUCCACCUACAGAGGGAGCUAGAGAGUUGAGGG